AUGACCGCGUCAUUACUCCUCCACUCACACUGGAUCGACCCGGUGAUGUUCCUCUACGACAGCGGCCUGGAUGAAAGAAGCAAGAACAUGGAGGGAUUCACUGGAGGCAAUUUCGCUGCAAACCAGUGCAGGAAUUUGUUAGCGCAUCCAACCUCGCUGGCUCCCAGCACCACCUACACAGCGAGUGAGGUGCCAGUGUCUGGCAUGGGGGAGCCUGGCAAACAAUGCAGCCCCUGUUCUGCCACUCAGAGCUCUCCAAAUGCGUCUUUGCCUUAUGGAUACUUUGGCAGCAGUUAUUACCCGUGCAGGAUGUCACACGGUAGCGUAAAGGCGUGCGCGCAACCUUCUGGAUACAGCGAUAAAUUCAUGGACUCAUCCGUCUCUGGUGAGGAGUUUUCGACCAGAGCGAAGGAAUUUGCGUUUUAUCAGGGUUAUUCCUCAGGUCCAUACCAGCCCAGCUACUUGGACGUCCCUGUGGUACCUGCACUGAGUGCUCCAUCUGAGCCAAGACACGAAUCUCUGCUGCCUAUGGAGCCCUACCAGCCCUGGGCCAUCACUAAUGGCUGGAGUGGUCAAGUUUACUGCGCUAAGGAGCAGCCACAGUCAAAUCCUCUGUGGAAAUCCUCCUUACAAGGUAUUUGUAUGUUUUAAUCAAGAUACAAAUAUGAAGCAUGGCAAUGUGUGAUUGUAAAAUAAAAUUACAAAAAAAUUAAAGUCCAGUACAUAAAGAGAGCAUUCCCACUGGCACUAUUGAAGAAUGAGAAGGAAGGAAAAAUAAUAAUAAUAAUAAAUCAAUACCCUUAAAAAUGCUUUUAAAAAGAAAGCAUAAAUUAACUGAAUAUGUUUUUCUUGUCAGACACGAUACCUGGUGGAGACAGCUCAAUUCGCCGGGGGAGAAAGAAGCGCGUGCCAUACACUAAAGUGCAGCUGAAGGAGUUGGAGAGGGAGUACGCCGCCAAUAAAUUCAUCACCAAGGACAAAAGGAGGAGGAUAUCUGCGCAGACGAACCUGACAGAGAGACAAGUAACUAUCUGGUUUCAGAACCGGCGCGUAAAGGAGAAAAAAGUGGUCAAUAAGUUCAAGAGCAGUUAGCUGUGGACUUCUACUGCAACAAGAGAGGCAGUGCGGACACGGAUGUACCUUCAUCCAAAAAACUGAGUGAUAAUUUAUUUGAUGGUAUGAACUGCUUCUUGGUCGUGGCUCUAAUUUUGACCUGCACAUUUCCUUCCUCACCUUUAAUUGGAACCAGUCGGUGCGGCCUGUUGACAUGGAGGUCGGAAAUGGUUUGCAACAUGUUGACCAAAGCGAGUCUAAGAGGACUGAAUGAUGUCUGCUUAAUCGUCAUUUAACAAGAAGACAUUCUGUGUGUGUGAGCAACGAGACACUCGGAGAAAUCCUGCGCUUUCAUUUCACUGAAUCCAAACCACAAUUCAUCGCUGAUGUCCGGUUCCAAGGACUGCGUUAUAUGCGACAAAAUAGGUGUUAUUUUCAGCUGGUGAUCAUCACAAAUGGGCACAAAUAGUAAAUAAUUGGAUCACAGAUGGCAGGUUUUUUGUUGUUGUCAUAAUUGACUUUAAGGUGUUGAAAAAAUAAUCAUGUAUUUACUCUAUCAGCCUACAUUAGAUCUAGGUUAACCUUUGCGUAAAUUCCUGACUUCGUGCCACCAUUUGAAAGCUUGAAAAACAGGAUCUGCACCACAUCCCUUCGUUCAUUUACUUUCUUCAUGGAGCGAAUAUAAACCUCUGUUGUUUAGUAUUCAAUAAGACCUGAUCAAACGUGAGAGCUGAUCAUUUCAACCACGUCCGUAUUUUUAUUAUUAUUAUUAUUUUUUACCACUGCAGUUUCUGCUCAGGAGAACUCACCUGUUAGGGCUUGGCUGACCUCUUUUUACCUGUUAGUCAGGAACCUUUUCUUACAACUCAAAACUUUGACGUAUUCAAAGACGUAAAUACAUUCUGACUGCCACUAUCUAGCCUCAUUUUUUACUGCAAUAGCCAAAAGUUUUUGUCAAUAAAUAUUUG